GGCGGAUACGGCGGAGGUGGCUACGGCGGUGGUCGUGGUCGUCGAAAUGACCGCGGACGCGGCCCGCGUGGCGGCGGCGGCGGGCGUACUGCCCCCGAGACGACGGCGGUGCGCAUGCGCAAGAUGAUCAUCAAGCAUGCCGACGACGAAGACUUCGAUGCCGUCGAGGAUGCGCCGCGCCUGGCCAAGGUCCUGCGCCGGGGGUGGCGCGAGGGCGGGCCCGGCAUCAUGGACGGGUUUCGCUACGGCGUCACGGAGAUGCCCUUCAAGCAGGCCCAUUACGCCACGCUCCUCUUGCACCUCACGUAUCGCGUUGAGGGCGAGGAGGAGGAGGCCGAAUGCGGGCGCGAGAUCCUCGAGGAGCUUGCGCGCUCGUUUCGCGCCAGCGUCGAGGCGCGCGAGUGGCUCAAUGCCCGUCUCUUGCUCCAGUUCCUCUCCCUCCUCGUACCUGCCGGCCUCGUGGAUGCGCGCUCGCUCGUAGACGCUUACAAGGGCCUUUUGAGUGUGUUGAACGAGGUUGGCGGCGGCGGCGAGCGCGCAGAGCGUGCCGUACGCGCGGUCGGAGAGGGCCUCAUCCGCUCCGCACACGCACUCGUGGGCACCUUCACCGAGGACAUCGAGGGCAUUGUCGACAGCAUCGAGAAGUUUGUUCUGGGCCGCGAUGACAAGCGCUCGUUCUUCAAGCCCCACGCGCAAUUCCUCCCCAGGGGCGUGGAGCCGAAGCCUUACGCGGACCCUCUCGAUGACCUCCUGAGCGCGCUCCGUGAACUGCGCGCCAGUGAGUGGCAGGCGCCAGCAGUCCUCCCCCGCCCAUCUGAGGAAGCCGUCAUCCCCGAGGGUGCCACUAUGCCCGAUCCCUACGCCAUCUCGCCCGUCUACAUGCCGCCUGAGAUGUACGACAUCGACGAGGAGAACCCGCAGGACUGCGAGGGGCGUACCGGCAACCUGGAGCUUUUCAGCGAGGGCGUUGUACCGCCGACCAACACCGUGCUCGGCUGGACGGUUCGCUCCCUUCUCCUCGACACGCUCAACAUCUUCGAGGUCAACAGAAAGGAGUGUGCUCGUUUCCUCCUCAACAUCCCCCGCUACCUUACGCCGGGCACUUUCAAGUCUGAGACCUCUGAGUCGACAUACUCGCUUGAGUCUUCUGUCGUCAGCACCAUUCUUUCGGCGCUAUGCACGCUGCCCCACACGCCGCACUGCCCGCUCUACUAUGGCUCGGUCAUCACCGAGCUUUGCAAGCUGAGCCCGUCGACCGUCGCGCCGCCAGUCGGCCGCGCGGUGCGUCGUCUCUUCACUCAGCUCGGUGACGACGGCCUUGACGUGGAAAUCGCUCGCCGCAUCGCAGACUGGUUUGCGAUCCAUUUGUCCAACUUCGGCUUCCAGUGGAUGUGGAAGGAGUGGAUUCCCGACCUCGAGCUCCCUGUUACCCACCCACGGCGCGCAUUCAUGCGUCGCGUCGUCGAGCAAGAGAUCCGUCUCGCGUACCACGACCGGAUUCUGCAGACCCUUCCCGAGCCCAUGCUCGCCAAGGAGGCCGAGGUCGUGCGCCCGGAGGCGCCAGACCCGGUUUGGCCUUACGAGUCGCUCGAACGUCUCGCCGAGGCUGAAUCUCUUUCCAAGAGCAUGACGAACAACGCGCCCUCGCACGAACGUCUCGCCGAGGCCGAUAGUCUUCUCAAGCUCAUGAAGAACAAGGCGCCCUCGCACGAGAUCAAGAACUACAUCACGGCUCUCCCUGAUGCAUUCACACGCGACGCUAAACCCAGCCUCAGGACAGAUGUCGUGGCCAUGGUCGCCUCGACAAUCCUCAAGCUAGGUGACCGUUCCUUCUCCCACUUCCUCAACGCGACUGAGCGCUACCUCGAAGUACUGCGCUUCAUUGGGAGCGAAGCGAGACUGCGCGCCGUCAUCCUUGGCGCCAUCGGAGACUUUUGGAAGCGCUCUUCCCAAAUGCGCCUCAUCACUAUUGACAAAUACCUGCAGUACGGUAUUCUCGAGCCAGUCGACGUCGUCGAGUGGGUUUUCUCGUGGGACCAGUGGCGCGACAGCAUGGCGGACGGAUGGACGGAGGGUACCCAUUGGGAGGUUCUGCGCAUGACGCUGGACAAGGUCGUGGGACGGGUGGUGCGUGAGCGGCGCCGUCUCCGGGCCGUCGACAAGGCGGACGAGGUAGCGCGCGCCCGGCGCGCCGCCGAGCGCCUGGAACGCGGCGAAGGCGUGGGCAUGGAUGACGAGGAGGACGACGCGCCGCGCUCGCGCGAGGCCGCCGAAGUCCAGGCUAACCUGGAUGCAGUGACCGCGCGUCUCGGGGACGUCUUCGAGAGCGUUGUGGACGGCUUCAUCCGCAUCUUCUCCCCCUCGCACCGCAGCCAAGAAGGCAUCUAUGCCGUCCUCGCCUUCGUGGAGGAAGGAUCUGCAGACGAAGGCUUCGAAGGAGGGUGGCCGAUGCGCGCGCGCUGGGGGUGGUGGCGCGAGUUCCUGCGACGCUACAGGCAGUAUCUCGAGCCUCUGGCUGACAAGAUGGAGGCCGAAUGGGAGUGGCUUGCCCACCCCCGGUCAGAAGAGGAUGCUCCGGAGAAAUUUGAGGAGCGUCAGACUCUAGAGAUCUCUCGUGCAUGGAUGGAGGCGCUGGGCCGCGAAGUACGUAAACCGGCAGGAAGCCGAGAGUCAUCCGCAGUAGCGUAGUUCGAUGCACCAUUUAUGCUUC